GCGCCGGGGUGUUUGGAUUCGAACGCCACUGCUGGCCGGCGCAGGCGCAGUGUGAGGCAGGGCGGCGUUGCCCUCUAGUGACGGGGUAGGGGAUGCCGGGCGAAGAGGAGGAGGAGGCCGAGGCGGGGGGCGCGGGCAGCGCCUCCUCCCCGCCGGCGGAGGAGUGGGGCACUCGGCAGCGCUAUGAGGAGCUCUGCAGCAGCCUCAACAUGGACGAGCGCGCCCGGGCCGAGGCCUGGCUCAGCUACCAGGGCAUGAAGCGGAACUACACCCUGGAGGGGAAUGAUCUACACUGGCUAGCAUGUGCCUUAUAUGUGGCUUGCAGAAAAGCAGUCCCAACUGUGAGCAGAGGGACAGUCGAGGGAAACUAUGUAUCCUUAACAAGAAUAUUGCGCUGUUCAGAACAGAGCUUGAUUGAGUUUUUUAACAAGAUGAAGAAAUGGGAAGACAUGGCAAAUCUACCCUUGCAGUUCAGAGAACGUACUGAGAGACUGGAAAGAAACUUCACUGUUUCUGCUGUAAUUUUUAAGAAGUAUGAACCCAUUUUCCAGGACAUUUUCACGUAUCCUCAAGAUGAUCAACCUCGUCAACAAAGAGGAAGAAAACAGAGACGACAGCCUUGCACAGUCUCUGAAGUUUUCCAGUUUUGUUGGGUGCUGUUUGUUCAUGCAAAAGGAAAUUUUCCCAUGAUCAGUGAUGACUUAGUUAAUUCCUACCAUCUCUUGCUAUGUGCUUUGGAUCUAGUUUAUGGAAAUGCUCUACAGUGUCCUAAUCGUAGGGAACUUCUGAAUCCUACCUUUAAAGGCCUUCCUGAAGACUUUCACAGUAAGGAUUAUAAACCAUCUUCUGACCCUCCCUGCAUCAUUGAAAAACUCUGUUCCUUACAUGAUGGUUUGGUUUUGGAUGCCAAAGGCAUAAAGGAACAUUUUUGGAAGCCAUAUAUUAGGAAACUUUUUGACAAGAAGAUUUUAAAAGGCAAGGAAGAAAAUCUGACUGGAUUUUUAGAUCCUGGGAGCUUUGGAGACAGCUUCAAGGCCAUCAACAAAGCCUAUGAAGAGUAUGUUUUGUCAGUUGGAAAUCUGGACGAGCGGAUAUUUCUGGGGGAGGAUGCAGAUGAGGAAAUUGGAACUUUGAGAAGGUGCCUAAACACAGCUUCAGGAAUGGAAACAGCUGAAAGAGUGCAAGUGAAGUAUAAUCUGCAGCAGCACUUUGACAGAUCUAAAUCACUUAGAAUUACAACACCUCUUACUGGCCGCAAGUAUAUUAAAGAGAGCAACCCCCAUGUGACCCCUGUUUCCAUAGCAACGUACAACUUGAGCCGUCUUCAUACAAUGCUGACAGGACUAAAAAAUGCCCCCAGUGAAAAUCUGGAGCAAAUACUCAGGGCAUGUUCCAGGGAUCCUUCUCAAUCUAUUGCAAAAAGAGUGAAAGAAAUGUAUGAAGUAUAUUGUCAGUGCACACAAUCUGAGGGAGAAUUCAGUAAUUUCUCAAAGGAUAAUGCUGGCAAGCAUUUUCGUCUUGCUGAGGUUCUUUACUACAAGGUAUUAGAGUCUGUCAUUGAGCAGGAGAGGAGAAGAUUAGGAGACACUGACUUAUCAGCAAUACUGGAGCAGGAUGUGUUUCACAGGUCUCUCCUGGCAUGUUGCCUUGAGAUAAUUACUUUUUCAUACAAGCCUCCUGGAACUUUCCCAUUUAUUACUGAAAUCUUUGAUGUACCUGUUUAUCACUUUUAUAAGGUAAUAGAGAUUUUUAUUAGAGCAGAAGAUGGCCUUUGUAGAGAGGUGGUAAAACACCUUAAUCAUAUUGAAGAGCAAAUCUUGGAGAGUAUGGCAUGGAAACGUGAAUCUCCAUUGUGGGACAGAAUCCGAGAUAAUGAGAACAAAGUUCCUACCUGUGGGGAGGUAAUGCCACCUCACUAUUUUGAAAGAUCUAAUGGGAACAGUCUGGUAGGCUCUCCUUUGACUCCAAGAAGGAUCAAUGAAGUUCGUGCUGAAACUGGAGGGCUUGGAAAAGGCCUUUCGUCUUCUCCAACCACAUUGUAUGACAGAUACAGUUCUCCUACAACCAAUCCUACUAGGAGAAGACUAUUUGUGGAUAAUGAUAAUCCCCCUGACAGUGGAACUCCUGUAAGAGUUUCACAGCAGCCUGUAGUAAAUACUGUGCCAGUGCAGAAUGUGACACCUGAAACUAUGUCAGUUACUCCAGUGCCUGGACAGACUUUGGUUACUGUAGCAACUGCCACUGUCACAGCCAACAACGGACAAACUGUUACAAUACCAGUACAAGGCAUCGCCAACGAAAAUGGAGGAAUAACUUUCUUCCCAGUUCAGGUAAAUGUAGGGGGUCAGGCUCAAGCUGUCUCUGGCUCCAUCCAGCCACUGAGUGCCCAGACCCUUGCCGGUGGUACCCUUAACACUCAGAUGAGUGGGACAACCCUUCAGUUACCAAGCCAAGUUGCGGUUCAACAGAUCUCUCCUUCUGGAGACCAACAAAGACAAAACCAGCAGUUCUCUACCAGCAGCAGCAGCAGCAAACCCCGAAAGACUGGCUCUCUGUGCCUUUUCUUUAGAAAGGUUUAUCACUUAGCAAGUGUUCGGCUGCGGGAUCUCUGUGUCAAACUGGAUAUUUCUGAUGAGUUGAGGAAGAAAAUCUGGACAUGUUUUGAGUUUUCCUUGGUACAAUGCCCUGAGCUCAUGAUGGACAGACAUUUAGACCAGCUGUUAAUGUGUGCCAUUUAUGUAAUGGCGAAGGUUACAAAGGAAGAUAAGUCAUUUCAGAACAUCAUGCGCUGCUAUAGGACCCAACCACAAGCAAGGAGUCAUGUAUAUCGGACUGUCCUUAUAAAGGGCAGAAGACAGCGCCGUCAUUCUGGCAGUAGUGAUAGUAGUAUCCAACAGAAUUCCCCAACAGAGAGAAGUAAAGACAGAACUAGCAGAGACUCUAGUCCUGUCAUGAGAUCUAGCAGCACCCUGCCAGUUCCGCAGCCGACUAGUGCCCCCCCAACUCCCACACGACUGACAGGUGCAAACAGUGAUAUUGAGGAGGAGGAGCGAGGGGACCUUAUUCGGUUCUAUAACAACAUCUAUAUUGAACAAAUGAAAGAAUUUGCCCUGAAGUACUCUUCCACAAAUGCUACGGAUGCUCCUCCACUAUCUCCAUAUCCAUUUGUAAGGAUUGGCUCCCCCCGCAGAAUACAGCUGUCCCAGAAUCACUCAAUCUACAUCUCACCACACAAAAAUGAGUCUACUCUUUCUCCGCGAGAGAAAAUAUUCUACUACUUCAGCAGUAGCCCCUCUAAGAGGCUGAGCGAGAUUAACAGCAUGAUUAGAACUGGAGAGACCCCCACGAAGAAAAGAGGCAUUCUCUUGGAAGAUGGUACUGAAUCACCAGCCAAACGGAUCUGUCAGGAGAAUCACACUGCUCUACUAAGAAGAUUACAAGAUGUAGCAAAUGACAGAGGUUCUCACUGAGUUUAUUCAGUUGUUUGUGUUCCAGAGCAGAUACAUCCUUUCUUCAUCUGUCCAGGGUGUGAUGCUAAGCAUUUUUUGUGGAUUCAUGAAGCCUUUGAGCAUCUUCCAUUUCAAGACUGCCAACUUCCUAGCUAACCUGUGGCUGAGAAUGGUAGUAUUUGAUCUUCAAACAAAUCUCCCUUUAGACUGCAUUGAGUCUUUGAACUGUCCCAUAAAGGGGAGUGGAGACUGAUACUGCACACUUUAUCCCAUUGUGGUCAAGCACAUUGCUAAGUGAUACUUCCACCUCUGAUGCUAACCCUGGGCAUUCAGAUUUCACACUUAGCUUAUAUGCUGUGCUUUACUAUAAGGACAUGAGCAAGUUUUUAUAUAUAAAUUGCUUUCUAAACUAUUUUGAUAUUUAUUGCUGAGACAAUGUACCCUAUAUAGUUUCCUAGCUAGUGAUGGGAAUUGUGUGUACAGGGUUUAGCCCCCAGCUGCAUACACUGUUUUUCUUGGUGCUUUACCCUUCUUUUUGCCUAGCAAGCCACAAUGUACUGGUCAGAUCCAGGAGUAUUGCACCAAGAUAUUCAAAUUACUCAUGGGUGAGCUUCUGUGUUAGGGAUGACCCAUGAUCUCUAGUGCUACAAUGAGGAAUGCUGACAGCCCAGUUGCCCUUUUUUUUUUUUUUUAAAACCACAAGGAGGUAGGUAAAGAAUACCUUAUGAAAAUUACCUACACUGAGUCUCUUCAAGAUCAGGUUGUUCGGGCACUUUGCUGUGUAGGCAAUUCUGUUAAUGCAUUUUUUUUAGCUGUGCAAUGUUUUAAAGUGAACUCAAGUUCAAGGGGAGGCACUUUUGAUAGGGCUGUAAAGCAUAAAUUGUAAGUUAGUUUUGCUGUAUAUUUGCAAUGGCACUUUCUGAAUGUAAAUAUUUUUCAAAUUGAAGCUAAAGAUGUGUUUCUGUAUUAAAAUGAUGACUUUCUAUUUAUUUUCAAAUAUGACAUCUUGUCAGUAAAUGAUGUUAUGCUAAAACUAAUUUUGUGAAUAUGCAAGUACUGAUAUGGGAAGUUUGCUUUUUUUCCCCCUCAAGCAGUUCUGUACACAGUUUUUUUCAGAGGUAGCCAUCUUGUUGCCUCAUGAGAAAAAGGAUAGCAGCUGGAUCUUCCUUUUGAGGUUUAUUUUUAAAUGGCACCUUCAUUGAACUAGACUUAAUCAGGAUGCCCAGGAGACAUUUCUUCUCACAGAAAACUGGUACAUAAAUACAUCUGGAAAAUGUACUCUAAAUAUGUCAGCAUGAGGCAGGGUACAAUGAAGGCCCCUUCCCCCCC